AUGAAGAAUCAUGCGUGCCAGCAUCCCGGAUGUAGCAAAAGCUUCACCCGCGCAGAACACUUGCGCCGACAUGCGCUCAACCACGAGCAGCCGCGCAAUGGAUAUACUUGUGGGCGGUGCUCUGUUCAUUUCCAGCGUCCUGAUUUACUAGCGCGACAUAUGGAACGACAUACCAAACGCGACCAGGAAGCUGGAGGACCAGGCCAAGGUUUACUCAAGACGCGAAAGAGGACAAGACGAGCAGAAGAUGGUUCUAUCUUUGUACGACCUUCUCAGCGACAGAUCAGAAACGCUUCGAAUUCUAGGGGUUCGGCGAACAGUUCUGGCCAGGAACUAGAAGAGGAGUAUCAACUUCCUGAGGAGACUGGUCUCCCUAUAUCACCACCUGGCUCGGGUACAGAUCCAACAACUAUCUCAAUCGAUGAAACGGACCCUUUCCUAGCGCCUCUGAUUCCGAUAGGUUCUUUUGAACCAUAUGUCGAGCCGAUCCCAGGUCAGUUUGAUGCAGCCGAUGGGUCAUUCAAUGUUGAGCUGGACGGGAUAGGCGAUUCUUUUGGCAUGGACACAGCCACCGACUUCAAUCUACCAUUUGCGGCGACUUGUAACUACAACUGGUUGUUUGACGUUUCCUCCCUCGACGACGCUUUUCAGCACUUCGACUCUUCCAUCGGAUUUGAUACAGUUGCCUUUCAAGAAAUGACAGAAAGCACUCCGAUGGAGGCACCUGAGAAAUAUGACGGCCCCUCUGCACUUUUGAUGGCGUCUAUAAUGGACAGAGUGCCAUUCCACCAAUCUACCUCACCCGCCCUUCCCAGCCUUCCCGACCUGGACUGGAUGUCAGGGUCUGUCAUGCUAGAUUCAAACCCUCCACCUUGCCUACCGCAGAUAUCAGAAGAAGCGCGAAAGGGGAUCAUGUCUGUUGUAGCACAUGCACACCCGACAAGCAUCGAUGGACAGCCCAUGCUUCUCGAAUCUCCUCUUCUGUCACUAACUGCUCUCCAAAGCUACAGUGAUCUCUUCUUCACUCGCUUUAACACGACAUACCCAUUAAUCCACCAACACACAUUCAACCCGAACACAGCAGCGCCGGUCUUCCUAGCAUCUGUGCUGUUUAUGGGUGCUACUUACAGCACCCGCGAAGCCCACCAACUAGCAGUUGAAGUCCACGAUACUUUAAGAUGCCAACUACUAUGCCAUCCCGAGUUCUCACCACAACCCGAUCUCUGGGUCCUACAGACAAUGCUUCUGAUUGACUGUUUUGGCAAAAUGAGGGCUGGCCCAAAACAACGCGAACGAGCACAACUCUUCCAUUGCGUACUCAUCAAACUCAUCCGGCGCAGUAAUUGCUGCAACAUUCGCGGAGUGUCAGCUUUGGAUCAAUCUGCUGAUUUGGAGCAAGUAUGGCGACAAGCUUUGGAUGAGGAACAGCGAAAACGCGUUGCUAUGCAUUGUUUCAUGUGGGACACACAGCACGCGGUCUUAUUUUCGCAGUCUCUUUGCAUGUCUGCAUUCGAAAUUAGGUCUUCGUUACCUUGUAGCACUGCGGCAUGGGAGGCCUCUUCUGCCCGCGAGUGGGCGCAACAUGCCUUCCGUGAAGAAAACCGUCUGUUCCUUUCUGUGCUGAAGGGGUACAUCACGCCGGCAGCUGUGCCUCGGCCUCGAGAUUUGAAUGCCUUUGCCCGUAUCGUUGUUCUGCAUGGCUUGAUGUCUGUAUCUGCAGACCUUAAACGUCGGGAUCAGACUACUCUACGGUCGGAAACACCUGAUCGGGUUGGGGCAUGGACACCACGUAUGGGUCGUUCGUACGAUCUGUGGAAGGUCGACUUUGACUCCGACUGUCUCGCUAUGAAACUUGCACAGACUGCCAGUCCUCGGCAGUUCACGGGACUCAAGAUAUCCGGACAUGCCUUGUAUCACGCCGCAUAUCUCGCAUUGCAUGUUGAGGUCUUAGAUUUGCAGAUCGUCGCUGGUGCACCACAUAUCCUUGGGCGACUAGUCACGGAAGCUGAUCGGGUCUACGACAGAUUUGUCUUCAUUGAUCGUGAUGAUGACCAACUGUCCUAG